ACACACACACACACACGCGCGCGCGGGGUCCCUCUCUGAGCUCAAAAGAAGGAGGAAAAAAUGCGCCACUCUUGGAGCGUCUUUCAAGGGGGAAAAAGUUGAGGAAGACAGAAGAGGACGAACCAAGGGGAGACUCGGAUGAAAGCGCCUCCUUCGCUGUUCCUCUCCUCGCACUGUAAAUAGAUGGUUAUUUAUGCGCAUAAAUGAAAGUAACCUAAACGUAGCGCCGCCACUCUUUUUUGGAUAACAUAGCCGGGGGGAGUCACCAUCCAAGCGACGCUCGCGUUUCCGGACAGAAAGUUCAGCCUUACUGGACCUUGAAGUUGUCUGAAUUUUCGCUCCGAGCUCCACUGCUGGUGUCUGAGAGCGUGUGGACGGUGGGAUUUAUCUCUUCACUGUAGAGUAACAACGCCGACGGCUGGGAAAGAAAAGAAAAAAAAAAACACACACACACACAAACCCCACCGGUGUCAACAACUGAAGCGGUUUCCUUAAAUUGCCAUAAUGGACUCCCACUGCCGCAAACUGGCCACCACCUGCGCGCAAAUAGAAAAAGAAAAGAUCCAAAACAAAAACGACGACUCUUCAGACGACCCUUCCAAAAAGAAGCGGCAGCGGCGGCAGAGGACUCACUUCACCAGCCAGCAGCUGCAGGAGCUGGAGGCCACCUUCCAGCGGAAUCGCUAUCCGGACAUGAGCACAAGGGAGGAGAUAGCCGUGUGGACCAACCUCACAGAGGCUCGGGUCAGGGUUUGGUUCAAGAACCGGCGAGCCAAGUGGAGGAAACGGGAAAGAAACCAACAAGCCGAGCUUUGCAAAAACGGCUUCGGCCCGCAGUUCAACGGACUCAUGCAGCCCUACGAGGACAUGUACCCCAGCUACACGUACAACAACUGGGCCGCCAAGGGCCUCACGCCGGCCUCCUUAUCCACCAAAAGCUUCCCCUUCUUCAACUCCAUGAACGUCAACCCCUUAUCCUCGCAGACCAUGUUCUCUCCGCCCAACUCCAUAUCCUCCAUGACUUCCAGCAUGGUGCCAUCGGCGGUCACCGGCGUGCCGGGCUCCAGCCUCAACAGCCUCAAUAACUUGAACAACCUCAGUAACCCGUCCCUCAACUCGGGGGUGCCCACGUCGGCGUGCCCCUACGCGCCUCCGACCCCUCCUUACGUGUACAGGGACACUUGUAACUCCAGCCUGGCCAGCCUGAGACUGAAAGCCAAGCAGCACUCGAGUUUUGGAUACGCCAGUGUGCAGAAUCCGGCCACUAAUCUGAGCGCAUGCCAAUACGCCGUGGACAGACCCGUCUAAUACCUACCUGCACUGCAAAAAAUAACCACCUUAGCAAGGCAUUAGAGGAUAGUGGUGGCGCCUAAAGUGGUGUUUUCUCUCCAAAGGGAGUGAGGAAAUGUGGCGGUGAGAUAAUUGUACUUUUUUCAGGGAAUGUUUUGAUCAUGUGGCACCUUCUCGAUACUAGUUGUUCAUUCGGACUUUUCCCCUCAAGAUAUGGCCACUUGUACCUUGAAACGUAAGAAAACAGUGAGAUUAUUCCAUCGCACCGUGUUGAUACAUGUAUUUCGUUGGGGGGGGGAAAUAUGAUUUUGAGGGUGAUUACAAGACCAACUGGCUUGUUAUGGUGGUCAUUUUUUGCAGUGUGCGGGUAAUCACAAGCAGCCGGCCACAGGAACAAGAGACUACUACAACUACUUUUUCAUUUUUCAAAAAAAAAGGGCACUAGAAGACUGAACCACUGAAGCAAGCUCAACUCCAGGUCGGAGUCAAACUGAAACGGGAGAUUUUAGGUUUAUUCCCCUUUUGACGAGUCCAGGCCUGAUCACACACUGCGCCACAGUUUUAAAAAAAGGGGGCCUGUCUCCUUUUUCAUAGCUCGUCAUGAGGGAUUUUUUUUUUCUGGUGGAUUUUUUUGGACUUUAAUUGUUGACUGAAAAGGUUGUAUAUAUAUUUGAAUUAUCAUCUCCUGUUUGUCGAGGCGAAUGCGCUAUAACCCUCCAGUCCUCUCCAGGUUCAAUUUAUCAACGCAUGUGGAAAAGAAAAAAAAAAAAAACCUAAAAAGGAAUCAUGUUUUGCUUGCAAACAAAAAGGGAAUGUACAUACUAAAAACGCACCAGUUGUGUGUUUCUAACAUAUUAUAAAUUUAUUAUUAAUGUCUGUGUGAAUAUCGAUUUAGAAUAGCAAUUCUGGAUUUUAAAAGAAAAAAAAAGAAGCAUCAAAAAUGUUCCUGCGACAAAUUAUUUGGUUUUUGCUCUGUGUAUACUAUUUGGUACGGAAUUAUGUUUUUUUUUUCUUUCCAACAUCCAAAAAAACUAUUGUGUUUUAUUUAAUGGAAGUAAAUAUA